AUGGGUACCCCCUUCAUCACCUUGCUCGAGCCUAGCAAGCUCGAGGGAUACCAGGCCGGAGUGCCCCAUGACGACCAAUCGGCACAGAUCCCACGGGCGUUCCUCGACGCCAUGGCCGUCCGCGAGACGGUUUUCGUGCACGAGCAGCAGGUGCCGCUCGAGAAUGAGUUCGACGACGACGAUGCCCGUUCGUGCCACUGGGUCGUCUACGCCAGCAUCAACAUGACCGAGGAGCUCGAGGUGCGAGACGAGGACGGCAACGUCGUCCAGCCUCGGAGGAGCUCGACAAGGACGACGCCCAUCGGAACCAUUCGCUUGGUUCCCUUCCCGCACGAGCCCCAUCCCCAAAACGGCGGCAGGUAUUGGAAUGGAGUUUUGGAGCCGGCAGGCGACCGACGAGUGGCGGGCCUCGCCGAUGCGUCGAUUCCAAGCAAGACGCCCCCGACGGACCGCGCUACCUCGUUCCACGACGGCAAGGAACCGUACGUGAAGCUCGGCAGGCUUGCCGUCGUAAAGGACUUUCGAGGGAACAAGCUCGCCGGCCUGCUCGUCGACACGGUCCUGUCCUGGCUGAAAUCGAACCCGACCUACUUCGACCCGAGCAUCACCGAGCUCGGCCUCGAACAACUGGGUGCCUCGAAGGAGACGGAGAUUCCCAAGUGGAGAGGACUCGUCUACGUUCACGCGCAGGAGCAGGUUGUGGGCGCCUGGACGAAAUGGGGCUUCCAAGUCGAUGACGCCAUGGGCAGGUGGUGGGAGGAGGGCAUACCGCACGUCGGCAUGUUCCUGCGGCUGCGCAUCAGCUCUAAGGAGGCCCGCAUCUUGACGUAA